AUGGCAACUCAAACGCUACUGCACUACCUUUCUGUCGGUCUCCCAAGAAUCCCGACCCAAGGAACUACUUCUAGUCCAAACACUACUAAUCCCCAGUACGAUGCGGGCGAUAUUGCUCAGAUCGAGCCGUGGCCUGAGUUCAGCUAUCCUUCCGUCAUUGCCCGAUACGGACAGCUAUUACAUUCGAAAUUGAUCCGCGCGGAGCCUUUCACAUCUCCACCAGCCCCGAUAAAAGAUGAACCCACUUUUCAUCUUCGCUUCGCUGAUCUUGUUAUGAGCCGGGUUAGGCGGGCCCUUCGAGCUGGUUUCCAAGAGCUUGCCCCCGAGCUACGAGCCCGACAGCUCUCCGCAAUCACAAUAGACGGAGGGGGAUCUGCAAGGAUCAUUGAUCAGUUCCGACCAGAUGUCGCGUUUAUUGUAGUCGACGCUAGCCUCUCCACUGGUGUCAAUCGUGCCCCUGGGGAUUUGAAGGUUUCGUGGAAAUGGGAAUCAUCAAUGCAGUUUUCGCAGAACUUGGCAGACCGGCGAGAAUAUAAGCAAGUUUUGGCACAAGUGAACUUUUAUAUGGACCAGCACAAUGCUCGGCACGGGUUUAUUCUAACCAAUUCUGAGCUUGUUGCCGUCAAACGACUGGAUAGAGACGGCCACCUGGCCGUCGCUAGGCCUGUCUUAUGGACAAGCGGCGGGACUGGACAGCUUUCAGUAUUACUAGGACUAUGGUACCUUGGAAUGCUAGCCGCCGAAGAUAAUCACUGGGCUCUGAGUUAG